AUGACCAUAGUCCCCUUGCCUAGAGGCAUGGGCAUGUGCGUUCACUGUUUUCCCGCCCUCCGUCCUCAGGCGGUGGAUGUUGAUGCAAUUAUCAAUAACCAGACGUUGUUCAUCGACGGUGGAGAGGUUCGCUAUCUCGAAGACAAUGAUACCAUCUCGGCCUAUGCGAUCCGAGAUCUACAGACCAUCGGCGUCUCCAAGUCCUUCUCGAAUACCGAUUCAGAUCAGUUCACGCACAUCGAAAAGCCAUAUAAUGCCUCCGACCCGGACGCUUAUCCGACCUUCUGUGAUGAAGGAUCCCAGUUCAAGGAUGGCCAAAACCUCUAUUUCUACGGCGGUUAUAUCAGUGGUCGCGACGGGCUUAAGGAUGUAGCGCCUGUCGAGACCUGGAAGUACAACAUUCAAAGUAAUAACUGGACCCGAGAUGGGUUCGGUGGCGUGCCGUAUGUUCGUCUGGCGGAAGGAGGUGCCGUGGUAUCAUACUCGCAGAACAAAGCGUACUACCUUGGGGGGAUCGAAGACCCUGGCGGUAAUCCGAACGUCUAUGGCACCGCGGGUGCAGAUGUACAAAUUGUCAGUGGCUUGUUGACCCUGGAUCAGUCCACGCUUACGUGGUCGAGUCUGUCGACGGAGGAGAUGAGCAACUAUGGUACUAUUGGAGCAGGAUAUGUCAACAUCCUGGAGGAUGUCGGCGAUGAAGGGUUGCUAGUGUCCUUUGGUGGAUACAAGUAUCCGACGAACGACUCCUACCAUAACCCCAUGGAAUACAUUACCCUGUAUGACAUUGCCAACCAGACAUGGUACACGCAGCAGAGCACCGGGGAUAUUCCCUCCUGGCGGAUGGCAGGCUGCAGUAUUACGGUGGCAGCAGCAGACCGAUCGUCAUUCUCCAUCUAUGACUUUGGCGGCAUGGGCGCAACCACCGCCAAUUCCGAUGGCGACGUGUAUGUUCUUUCUUUGCCGUCAUUCCGCUGGAUCCGUGUGAACGAGGGCAGCAGCAUCCGCGAAAAGCACACGUGCAAUCUCCUGGGAAAUCAUACGAUGAUUGUAGUGGGAGGGACCAUUCCCACCGACAGCUCAGAGUAUGAGCCCAAGCCGGUGAACUGCGACUCGGGCCAAUUUGAGAACGGCAUCGCCAUCUUCAACCUGAACAACCACACUUGGCUGACCGAUUACAAUGCCGCGGAUACAUCGGAAAUAUGCGCUCAGCUCAGUGAUUACCGAUGUCAUUGGCGGAAGAAAGCGGUCAUCACUACCCCCACCAGUGCAACUACAGCCGCCACGGCCGCCGCUAAUGCAACCUCGACAUCCGCACAGAGCAACACCAGCAACACCGGCAGCUCCAAGGGCGGGUUGUCCAAGGGCGGCAUCGUCGGCGUCACUAUCGGAGCCGUCGCUGGCGUGAGCGUCAUUGCCGGACUAGUCUUUUUCAUGCUCAAACGCAAACGUGCCCAGCCCACCGCAGACUCGGAAGUCGUGCAUGCACCAGGCCCAGCACCUCAAGGCCACUUUGCAGAGCUCAGUGGGGGACACGAGGGACACGAGCUGGGACAGGAUGGGAUCUCGAGCGUACCGGCUGCGGAAGUGAGUGGGAACUGGUGGCAGAAGACUCCCAUUGUAGCGGAGAUGGAUGGUGUAGGGGUGGUUGAGAAGGGGCGAUGCAUACCCUUACGUUUUGAUUUCGAGCAUUCUAGGGCCAUGAUGGAAAUGGAAUAA